AUGAAAAGAGAAAAUCCUGACAAACAGUUUGCAAAGUUUCUGGAUAUUUUAAAGCAACUUUACAUUAACAUACCUUUCACAGAAGCUUUGACACAAAUGCCUUCAUAUGCUAAAUUUCUCAAAGAAAUUUUGUCAAGUAAAAGAAAAUUGGAAGAAGUUUCAGUGGUCAAGCUUACCGAAAAAUGUAGUGCUAUACUUCAAAAUAAGCUUCCACAGAAACUUGGUGAUCCAGGAAGUUUUACAAUUCCUUGUAUUGUGGGAGGUGCUCACUUUGAAAAGGCAUUAUGUGAUUCAGGUGCUUCAAUAAAUCUAAUGCCUUUCUCAAUUUUCAUGAAAUUAGAACUUGGUGAAAUGAAAGAUAUUUGUGUGUCUUUUCAAUUAGCUAAUCAAAGUACUAAAAGGCCCAAAGGAAUCAUUGAAAAUGUCCUCGUUAGAGUAGAUAAAUUUCUAUUCCCAGUAGAUUUUAUAGUACUUGAAAUGGAAGAAAAUACUGAGGUACCAUUAAUUUUAGGUAGACCAUUUCUCGCAACAGGAAGAGCGAUCAUUGAUGUUCAUCAAGGACAAUUAAUAUUGCGAGUUGAUGAGGAGAGAGUAAUUUUUGAUAUGCAUAAAAUGAUGAAAUUUCCUGGGAAUGAGUCAUCAUCAUCUUGUUUUCAAAUUGACUUACUAGAUGACCUUGUAGAUGAAUACAAAGAAAAUCAGUUAAUUACUGAUUCAUUGGAGAGAUGUUUGGCUAAGUCAGAACAGGAAUACAAACUGAUAGAGGUCUUGAGGAAACAUAAAAGAGCUUUAGGGUGGACUAUAGCAGACAUCCAAGGAAUCAAUCCAGCUAUUUGUAUGCAUAGGAUCCUCAUGGAAGAAAAUUACAAACCAAUAGUCCAACCGCAAAGGAGACUGAACCCAGCAAUGCAGGAAGUCGUCAAGAAAGAAGUGGUGAAACUUCUAGCAGCAGGUAUCAUUUAUCCAAUAUCUGACAGUCCUUGGAUACCAAUUGCUCCAGAAGAUCAGGAGAAAACCACAUUCACAUGCCCUCAAGGUACGUAUGCUUACAGAAGAAUGCCAUUUGGACUAUGUAACGCUCCUGCUACAUUUCAGCGUUGCAUGUCGGCAAUUUUCUCAGAUAUAACCGAAAGAUGCGAAGAGACAAAUCUAGUUCUUAACUGGGAAAAGUAUCACUUUAUGGUAACGGGGGGAAUUGUUUUAGGACAUAAAAUCACCGCUAAAGGAAUAGAAGUUGAUAAGGCUAAAAUUAAUCUUAUAGCAGGAUUACCCACUCCCACCACUGUUAAAGAUGAUUGCAAAAAAGCAUUUGACUUUCUCAAAGAACAAUUAACUAAUGCUCCAAUUGUUGUCUCUCCUGAUUGGAGACAACCAUUUGAAAUAAUGUGUGAUGCAAGUGAUAUAGCAGUAGGAGCGAUAUUGGGGCAAAAGAAAAAUAAGAUCUUUAAACCCAUAUACUAUGCCAGCAGAACUCUCAAGGAAGCUCAAAUGAAUUAUGCAACAACUGAGAAGGAGUUAUUGGUAGUAGUAUUUGCAUUUGACAAAUUUCGUUCUUAUUUGAUAGGAACAAAGGUUACAGUAUUCAUUGAUCAUGCAGCCUUAAAGUAUCUAUUAACAAAGAAAGAUGCUAGACCUAGAUUGCUAAGAUGGAUACUCCUUUUGCAAGAAUUUGAUCUCGAAAUAAAAGAUAGAAAAGGUUCAGAAAAUCAGGUAGCUGAUCAUUUAUCACGUCUAGAGAAUCCUCCUACUGAAAUACUAGAUAUCCAAGAGGAAUUUCCUGAUGAGCAUAUCUUUCUGUCACAACAGUCAUAA